AUCACGUCAGCCUUAAACCUGUUAGUACAGCAGGCCAGUAACCUGGAAACAAACAUCGUGUCGGUGGAGCGUGUCCAGGAGUACGCCGAAAUACAAACAGAGGCACCCUGGGUAAUGCCCUUCAGACGACCUCCACACGACUGGCCCCAAGUUGGUCAUGUUAGUUUCAAUGACUACAAAACACGGUACCGAGAGGGCCUUGACCUUGUAUUGAGGGGCGUAACCUGUGAAAUUCAGGGCGGAGAAAAGGUUGGUAUUGUAGGUAGGACAGGUGCCGGUAAGUCAUCCCUAACCGUCGCUUUGUUUCGCCUGAUCGAACCCGCUGGUGGAUCCAUUGUCAUAGAUGGUCAGAGUAUCGCCAACAUGGGACUCCAUGAUCUCCGGUCAAAACUGACCAUCCUCCCACAGGACCCUGUUUUGUUCUCUGGUUCCCUGAGGAUGAACCUUGACCCCUUCAAUAUAUACCAAGACAACCAGCUUUGGAAGGCCAUCGAGCAUGCUCACUUGAAGAAGUUUGUGUCUGAACUUCCUGAUGGUUUGAUGCAUGAAUGUGGGGAAGGGGGAGAAAACCUGAG